CUAUAGAUUGAAACAUUAACUACAGAUGAUAAUUUUUGGUCAUGUUUAAAAAAAAUAUUAGAAACUGCUAAAAAACCAAUUAUACUUACAUCAAAUAGUCGAAGUAAUCCAGAAGAUGCUAUAUUUAAUCUAUCAAAAAUAGGAAAUUAUGAAAUGAUUCAUCUUGAAUCAAAUGAAUCAGAACUUAUUUAUUGUUUUCUUCGAUUAAUACUUUUAAUUGAAAUGAUUGAAAUACCUUUACUUGAUGAUCUGAUAAAUAUUUUUCAAUCUUGUUCAUGUGAUUUACGACAAAGUUUAUUAACACUUCAAUUUCUCACACAAUCAUCUGACGUUUCUUCAACUUGUACUAAUAAAAAACCUUCAAUUAAUAAUAAUAAUAAAUCCAAAUUUCAAUCUUCAUCAUUAUUUGAUACAAUGUAUUAUUCUUAUCUUUGCGAACAAUGGGAUGAAUCAAUACUUAAAACACUCUUUGAUGAUCUUACAAAAAAAUAUACUUCUGAAUAUGAACAAUCUCAUCUUUUAUUAGAAAAUCAUAGUAAAAAUAAUUCCAAAAAAAUAGAAUUGUACGAUACAUUUAAAAUGUUUAUGCAAGAACAAGAAAUUGAUAGUACCACAAAUCGUUCAGCUUUUUAUCUUGAUUAUCGACCAUAUAUUAGACAAAUGUGUCAAAAUGAACAAACUCGAGCAGCGGAAUCAUAUUCCAAUCGACGUCUUCGGCAUUGUCUUGGUUUUCGUGGUUGUUCAUUACAAUGGUCCGAUUUUGCAAUUCUAUCGAAUGGACUUGAUUAA